AAAGAGAAGACCCGGAGAGACAAUCUGCACUGUCCCACGUUGUUCCCCGUUGUUCCUCUCUCUCUCAGUCUCUCUCUCUCUCAGAAGUCAUUCUUGGAUCUCUCCCCCUCUUUCUCUCUCUCCAUCUCUAUUAUUGCAUUUGCUCGCCGGUGACCGGAAUCGUCUCCGCCAGCCUCGGGAUACCGCUCUUAUUUCCGAUCUUCGGCGGCUUCUCACCGAUCCUUACGGCAUGAGUUCGGGCGAACUUAUCAGUAUCGAGCCUCAAGAGCUUCAGUUUCCAUUUGAGUUGAAGAAGCAGAUCUCGUGUUCUUUGCAAUUAACGAAUAAGUCGCAAAACUAUGUGGCCUUCAAGGUCAAGACGACAAAUCCGAAGAAGUACUGUGUCCGUCCUAAUACUGGAGUUGUGUUGCCACGCUCUACUUGUGAUGUUAUAGUUACAAUGCAAGCACAAAAGGAGGCUCCUCCGGACAUGCAAUGUAAAGAUAAAUUCCUCCUCCAGAGUGUAAUCGCAAGUCAUGGGGCAACUAUAAAGGAUGUUACUGCAGAAUUGUUUAGCAAGGAUUCGGGGAAUCUUGUUGAGGAGUGCAAGUUGAGGGUGGCUUAUGUUGCACCACCGCAGCCACCAUCACCAGUGCGAGAAGGGUCUGAGGAAGGUUCUUCUCCUAGGGCUUCAGUAUCCGAUAAUGGGAAUCUUAACGCCUCUGAAUUUCCUGCUCUUUCAAGGUCAUAUUUUGAUCCUCAAGAUAGUACAUCGGAGGCUAGAGCUCUUAUUUCAAAGCUGACCGAGGAGAAAAAUUCUGCUAUUCAGCAAAAUGUCAAGCUUCAGCAAGAAUUGUAAGCUCUUCUUGCAUGAAACAAAUAAGCUGCCAUCCUUCAGUAUGGAGUCGGAACUUUGACGGUAAAUGCUGGAAAUGAAGAAGCUGUCAUCCUUCAGCGUGACCCUGAUGUGGAAAUGGCUUACUGAAACGUGAUCAGCUGUCUUAGAGGUUUUUGGUAUGAGUGUAAAAAAUUAUGAAAAUGAAAACCAAAACGGAACUUAAAAACCAGAAGCAAAAAUUAAAAAUCUAAAUAGCAGUUGGUUAAUAUUUUAUAAAACUAGUACAAAUUAAAAACUUGAUUGUGCAAAUGCUUAUUGUCAUCCUUGAAUCAAAUAAUAAUAAAAAUAAAAAAUUUACAAGUUAAACCUUACUAUAAUAAAAAUAGAAAUUAUUAUAAUUGUUUUAUUUUAUUAUUGUAUUUCAAAACUCACAUUUUCAGUGCUACAAGAACAAUCUUAUUGUAAAUGAAAAUUUGAAAAAUAGUUUUAAAAAAUUAGUAACUUAUUAUUUUUUUUUCUAAAUAAAUUAUGGAUAUUUCUUUUUUAAUUAUACUUAAAUUCACAUAGCAUUUUAUUCUUAUUUUUAUUUUUAUUAAAAAUUAUGUAUAAAAUGAAUAAUUUAAUCUUAAAAAAUUCAGUUUUUUCGCCAGUAGCUGAAAACUGAUAACAAAUGUAGUAGAAAACCGGCACUACAAAUAAAUAUGUUGUCAUAAUCUAUUUCUUCUGUGCAGAAAUGACAACAUAUAUCAUGAAUGAUACAAGGACCUUAGCAAUUGCGGUUGGUUCCUAGUCUUUUUAAUGUUUAUGCAUCCAUAGCAUUAUAAAAUUGUGAUUGUUGGCCAAAACAUCUUGAGGUGUUAUGGCUUCAAGUGUAGCAAAUCCAGUUUCUGUGUUUGUUUCAGUUUCGUUCGUAAGAUACAGCAGAAUUUCAAGGUAGUUUCUGUUUAACAAUUUACUGAGAUUUAGUCAACCUUGUGCAAACACGGAUGUGUAACUCUUUACUAAUGACGUGCAGGAGCUGUUGAGGCGGGAAGGCAGCAGAAGCCGCGGUGGGAUCCCAUUUAUAUAUGUAGUGCUUUUCGGCUUGCUGGGCAUCCUUUUGGGAUAUGUUAUGAAGAAAACAUGACCAAUGGAGUUGGAGUUGCCCUUUGUCAAUCUUGAUUUGUCACUUCCCCCACCCCUGCAGCCUGUUAAGAAAAUGCGAAACAAAAAAAAGAGAACAAACGUGUGAAACAAUGAGAAUGGGGGGGACUUCCUGUUUGUUUGGUAAUUACACUGUAACUGGAAGACAUGCUGGAAUGUAUUUGAUGGGGUUUGUAGUUGUGAAGUCAAACGACUUUUGAGAGCAUUCACUCUGUUAGUUGUGAAGUCAAACGACUUUUGAGAGCA